GGCGCACCACCUAUCUUAGGGUUUGUCUAACGCGAUGCAGAUUGUCACAAUGAGAUCUAACGGAGAUAACGUAGAGGAGAGGAUACCCGUUUCUGGAAGGGACACUCCCACUUUGUGUAUAAAAGGGAUAUACUCGAUCAGAUUCCAAUCACAACUCCUCGUUGACUUCAACAUGCACUUCAGCGCUGCCUUGAUUGUUCUCGCCGCCCUCGUGGCUGUUAGCUUCGCCGGAUACCUCGGAAGCGGCGGCUAUGGCCUGUACCGCGGUUACGGAGGCCUCGGCUACGGCGGCUACGGAGGCGGUUACGGCUACGGUGCGGGUUACGGCUACGGAGCGGGCUACGGCUACGGCGCAGGUCACGGGCUCGGUCUUAGCCAUGGAUACGGGGGAUAUGGCUUCGGUUACGGCAAGCUAUGGUAAUCGGGUUAACGAAGCUAGCCCGGCCUAAUACAGCCAGUAUGCUCAAGCAUUUGUAAUAAAAUCGCUGACCCAAUUAGCACAUUGA